UGAAGACACCAAGAAAUCUUGGAGAUCUCCAGAAAAAAGCGAAACACCUCCAAGAUUCAACAAAGAGGGUGGCCGUUGGAAUGAUGGUCAAAAACCUGAAAGAAGGUACAAUAAAGAUAGUGAGGACAAACCAUGGAACAAAGGAGAAAAUAGGUUUAACAAAGACGAUAGUAAGGAAGGAAGAUCUGGUAGGGAAGAAGGUGGAACUGGAAGGUAUAACAGGGAAGAUUCAGGUGGAAGUGGUAGAUUUAAUAGAGAUGAUAAUAGAACAUAUGGAGAACGAGGAGGGAGAUUUAGUGAUGACGAUAAGGGGUGGACGAUUUGGCAGAGAUUCAGAAUCUAGAGGCAGUAGAUUCAACAGAGAAGAUGGAGGAGGUAGAUUCAACAGAGAAGAUGGAGGAGGUAGAUUCAACAGAGAAGAUGGAGGAGGUAGAUUUAACAGAGAAGAUGGAGGAGGUAGAUUUAACAGAGAAGAUGGAGGAGGUAGAUUCAACAGAGAAGAUGGAGGAGGUAGAUUUAAUAAGACUGACGAUGACAAACCUUGGAGAAAAAGAGAUGACGAUUCAGCUGAUUGGAGAAGUACUAAAGACAAAAAUGAUGGUGGAAGUUGGAAAGAUAGAGACGGUUCUAGCGGUUACAAAGGUGGUGACGGUGGGAAAAAUUGGAAAGAUAGAGAGAGUGGUGGUGGAGGCUGGAAUAAAGAUAGAGACAGUUGGAAAGAUGGCGGCGGUGUGAUCGGAAAAAAAAGCAGAUUUGAUAAUGAUGGUGGUUUCAAGAAAGGUGGUUUUAGCCGAGAGUCACCAACGGAAAGAAGCAGUUUCCGGAAACCUUGGGAGAAAGGUAGUGGUGAUUCAUUCCCUAAGCAUUCCCCUAAAUCACAAAAGCCGGAUAGUGUGGGGGGGAUCCCUCCUGUCACUGUCAAGGUUGGUAGCUCUGAAGAUAUCCAGGUAGUCUUCACUACAUCUCCCAUGGAGUUCUAUGUUCAACUGACAAGUUCUUUCGAUGAGCUAAAUGAACUCAUGGAGAAAAUCAAAACCGCUUGUGAAUCUGGGGAAGUGUCAGACAUGAGUUCUGUGGCGGAGAAGGUUGGUUGCCUUGCAAAGUACUCUGAAGACGACUCCUGGUACCGAGGGUAUGUGGAGGAGAAGAGUUUUGACACAGCUAAAGUGCUAUUUGUUGACUACGGCAACAAAGAGGAUGUCUCGUGUGAUAAAAUUAAAGAGCUACCUGAGAGCAUGUGUGUGCUGCCAGUCCAGGCUGUCAAGUGUCGUCUGUAUGCAGUGCCAGAGACAGCAGAGACAGACGCUUUCUCAGCACUUGUGGAUGGGAAAACGCUUAAUGCACAGUUUGUCGCCAAACACUUCCUCACCAAGAGUUUUCAGGUUGUCUUGGUAGAUAACGAAAGUGGGACCAACAUAAACACAACAAUGGGAGCAUCAGAGGAAGAAAUCCAGACAAUCUCCUCCAAGGAGGUGGAAGAGAAUGGCACCGACGAGGCGAGUAACCCCCAGUUUACACACACUGUGUACAUAUUUGGCGACAGUCACGCAAGGGACCAAGCGACACAUCUAAACGCUUCGCUAAAAGGCACAUUAAACGUCAGAUCCACUUGCUGUCCAGGUUGGCCCUUGAAUGAGGUUGUGGAGAAGGCGAUAGCUCGCUUGGAGGAGUUCGCCGCACUCACCUUGCACGAUUUUAUCGUGAUUGUCGGCGGAUCGAACGACACCUCGGAAAUCCACCAGAGGAAGCUGUCCGAACUCUAUGCCCUGUUGUUCAAGUCCCUCCCGAACACCAACAUCAUUGUGUGUGAAACUCCUUUCAGAUUUGACGAGAUCGAGAAAAACACGGAAAUCGCCAAAACUAACAUUAUGGUGUCACAGCUGUGCAGUGCUUAUCCGAACGCAACUUUUCUACCGAUGAUAAAUGCGAUGCAACGGUACCACUUUACAAACCAUGGACUGCACAUGAAGCAGUCAGGAAAGCGGAUUUUAAGUGUGCUUAUUUCUCAGUGUAUCAAGAAAAUACUGUGGCAAAACUACGUGACCAGCUUAAAGUCAUAGUUUAGUGUUAAGUAGAUUAUAGGUUAAAACUUUUCUCAACAGUGCUUGGGGCCAAAUUAUAAAAAUUGUAUAAAUGUACUAACUUCCAAAAAGUUAUAAUGAACUUUCCAUAUUUUAAUCUUGUAUGAAAUGUGUUUUAUAAAUGAAUAAUUAUAGCUUUUUAGGAGUUUAUUUUUAAUGAUUGAGUUAAUACAAAACUAUUGGUCUGUUACAAUGUUACAGGCAUGUAAUACCUUAAAUUGGGGUAAGAAUGCUUUCCAUUGCUUUCACUUUAUAGUUUGGCCCCAGAUUACCUUUUUUGAUGUUUUUACUUGUUCCUGGAACUGUAUUAUGUUUUAACUUAUGAACUUUAAUUUCUUUAUGUACUAUGUACUGUAUUACUUUUUUUAAAGUAAUUAAUUUUGUGUGUGAGGAGGAAAAAUAUUCAAUUUUAUAUGUAAGUAUUUAAAAAGAUAAG